UAAUAAUAGUUUUAUCUAUAUGAAAUGCUCAUGUUCCAGGAGGAGGGGGUUUAAUUUCUGUUUAAAGCUGACUGCUGCUCCAGGCCGGGCCUCAUUUGUCUGCGCAGAGAAAGCUCUGAGCUCCUUCUUGAAUGGACUCCAUCUCUCCGAGCCAAAACUUGUUUACUGCUUUUGUGGACAAAAACUGAAGAUCACAACUGAUCACUUAGGCGAUUUUUUUCAGUUUUUUUUUUUUCUUCUGCUACUUCUGCUGAGAAACUUGGCUGCAGAUACUUUGUUGCGUUGCCAUGAACUUCUGUCGGACUUGAGGAGUUUCCAGAGCGCCUGCCUGUGGUGUCGUAAACGACUGAUUCUAAUACGACUUGUGAAAGAGAAGAGGUACUCCUUACAGUGACUGAAAGACUCUCAAGGAUUAAGAAGGUGGACACAGGGAGACAGAUCAGAUUUAAAAAUAGCCUUCUUUUAUCCCAGUUCUCUUCCCUGGACCACAAUGGGUUCAGAUGUACGUGACCUAAACUCCCUGCUGCCCCCAGUCCCGGCAGGCCCCAGUCCAGGCUGCCCGGCCCUGCCCGUCAGCACGGCCCCUCAGUGGGCUCCCGUCCUGGACUUCCACACCGCUGCCUCCCCUUACCCCUCCCUGACUGCCCCCCACUCCUCCCUGGGGGCGCACUCCUUCAUCAAACAGGAGCCCAGCUGGGGGGCCACAGGUGACCCCCACCACCACGACGCAGACCCCCACUGCCUCAGCGCCUUCACCGUCCACUUCUCGGGGCAGUUCACAGGGACCGGGGCCUGCAGGUACGGGGCAGCAUUCGGGGCACCCCCUCCUCCGCCGGCCCCGACCCAGCCACCGCCCGUGGCCGCCCCGCACCACCACCAGCCCCCCAGCAGGAUGUUCAGCAACCCGCCGUACCUGACCAACUGCAUGGAUACGCAGCAGGCAGCCCGCAACCAGACAGGUUACGGCACCGUUGCGUUCGAUGGGGCCAGUAAUUACGGUCACACUCCUACACACCACAGCUCGCAGUUCUCCAACCACUCCUUCAAACACGAAGACGCUUUGACUCAGCAGAACACCAUGGGUGAGCAGCAGUAUCCUGUACCUCCUCCUGUUUAUGGAUGUCACACACCUUCAGACAGCUGUGCGAGCAGCCAGGCUCUGCUUCUGAGGAACCCUUACAACAGCGGUGAAAAUUUAUAUCAAAUGACCUCUCAGUUGGAGUGUGUGGCAUGGAACCCUGUCAAUACACUGGCAUCCACCAUAAAGAGCCACGCAGCAAGUUAUGACAGUGACCCCAGCACCCCGAUGGUAUACAGCUGCAGCACGCAGUAUCGCAUACACACACACGGCGUCUUCAGGGGAAUACAGGAUGUGCGGCGGGUGCCCAGCAUCGCUCCAGCCAUAGUGCGAUCAGAAAGCAGCGAGAAGCGCCCGUUCAUGUGCGCCUACCCAGGAUGCAACAAGCGCUACUUCAAGCUGUCUCAUCUGCAGAUGCACAGCCGCAAACACACAGGGGAGAAACCCUACCAGUGUGAGUUCACAGACUGUGGACGGAGGUUUUCGCGCUCCGACCAGCUUAAAAGGCACCAGAGGAGGCACACAGGAGUAAAACCGUUCCAAUGUGAGACGUGUCAGAGAAAGUUCUCUCGGUCUGACCACCUUAAGACACACACACGGACUCAUACAGGUAAAACAAGUGAGAAGCCGUUUAACUGUCGAUGGCCCAACUGUCAGAAGAAGUUCGCCCGAAGCGAUGAGCUGGUCCGACACCACAACAUGCACCAGAGGAACCUCACCAAGCUCCAGCUGUCCAUCUGAGUGUCUUUGCAGCCCAUUUCCAAGAUUAAAAUGUAAACAUAAGGGUUAUGUUACCAUUCACUGAUGAAUCCAGUCACACUUUUGCAACCUCAAAAACCAGCCUCCAUGGGAGUCCAGGUAGAACUUAAAUUUUACAAGCUACGCACCACAGCCUGCACUCCGAGGUAAAAUCCAGAUCUGUCCAGAACCGAGGAAAAUCCUGACAUCCAAAAGGGGAACGAAAUCUUGGAAACUGCACCGGCACUUUCAGGAUAUUAACUUGUAUAUUAGUUUGUUUAUCACAUCAGUUGAUCUCAAGCCUAACCCACAUCAGCUGAUGGCUCAGCUGAUCGUCUCCUACACAUCCAAUUAGUUAUCUCAUACGGGGCACACUAUUUAAGCCUGUCACUUUCAACCCACCUCCACCCGUGCUCCACCUUUCACGCUGUAUCUGACUUAACCGGUGUCACAUCUCUGUUCUUGAUGACUGCUGCGUUCUGUGCCGCGUGCUGCUGCUCUCCUUGCUUUCCAAGUGUGAGUGUUGAAGGGUGGGGGGUGUCCCAGAACCGAGCCAUGCUGCUAAUAUAAAUGCAGAGCGCAGAUGGAAAUCUUCUUUUGCUGAACUAUAUUUUUGCUGCUGUCAACAAAUGCCAAAAAAAUCAAAACCAUCAAUGUGUGAAAAAUGUAAUUCGCACAUUCACCAGGCAGCAAAGUUGAAGUUUUUUCCAGUACAGGACCAGUGGCUGCUCAUAAUCCUGGUAGAUUACUUAAUAGUUAUUUCCCAUUGAGGUUUUAAAUACUUCUUGUAAUAUAAAUAGCCACUGUGCAGUAUUUUAUCAUCAGGAAAGUACUUUAAACUCAUGGUCUCAACAGCAUGUCUCCAUGUUUAAUACUCUCAGUAUUUUAUAUAGGUUAUUCUGAGCUCCAAGCUCAUGACAUUCAGGCAUGUAUAUUUUUUUAAGGUGGAAUAACUUCCUAAAAUACCUGGCCACUGUAUUUUUUUAGCAAAUGUUUCUCAAACAGGGGUAAGCAGUUGUUCUCAGACGGUACCUUCAAUACAGUAUUUGUAGGUGUGACAAUAAUAAUUAAAGAAAUCUCUGUAUGUCCAUCUCUUGACAACUGCUUAUCCAACCCCCUGUAAACUAGGCGGGUGUGUUUCUUGGGAUGUGAGGAAGCGCCGUUUUGAGUUUGAGGUUGUUUUGGGUAUGUAGGCCUCAUAUUUUAGCUAUGAAUUGUCCUCUAUUGUCCAGUGUUUCCCUUAUAGUGACUGCUGCCUGCUCCGCUCUGUGUGUAACGGGAGGCGCACACAUACGUGGCUGUCUUUGUGAGCAUAUUCAUGAAGGCAAAUGUCACUCAUGUUGUUUGGAAGAGCUGCAGGCUGCCCACAACACAGUGCCCACAGCGUGUGUGCCACUGCCCACAGUGACACACACACGCCUUCAGCGAGUGUAUCCUUGUAGCUGUUCUCAGCAACUUUAUGACCGAUGCAUUCAGGGGACAUCUGUAAACUGUAGCUAUAAAACAUAAUUUGUGUUGCACUCGCUCCGAACGGGCUCUGCAGUAACGCUAAUUAUGGAACAAGCCUGGCAGUGCAGCACUCAUAUAUUUAAUUAAUGGGGCCUAUCUCACACAGAGGAGAAAUACUUGUAUGCAGCCUACUUUCACUGUUGAUGGUUUAUUUUUAUGGGAUUUGUUGACAGUACAGCAUAGUCAGUACCUUUGUUUAAAAUUAAAAUAUUUUUCCACCAGCAUAAAACAUAACGGCAAGCAAAUAUUCUGUGUAAAUGUUCUAAAAACGUGCCCAGGAGGUGUUCCAGAGGACAACAGAUUACAACUGCACAAUGCUGCAGAGUGAGGUCAAAGGUUACUGUCAGCGACCUGCGCACACCUACAGCUUGGCGCCUUUUCAGCUGUUGUAAAUAUUUCUUUUGUAGAACUACUUUGAGAAGGCGCACCGUCAUCGUUUUGCAGAUGAAAACUGCUUUCACCAGAAGGAGAGAGAGCUUUUUUUUUUUUUUUUUUUUCCCUGUCACACGGGAAAAACCUCUUAUAAUUUUCCAAGUCAUACUAUUAACAGUAAGAUGCUUUUAAUCUGAAAGACUCAAAUCAAGAAAAUAACUUGCAUCUUUGACCCUGUGCCGCGCGCGCUCUGUGUAAGCUUUUUGGUGUUUUGUCUGGUCUGCAUAAAAUAUUCACUGCUGCAAACAUGAUUUUACGGCUGUAUUUAAAAAGCUGAACUUUUCUUUUUUUGCUCUUGAUUAAUGUGAGUAUUUUUUUUUUUUUUCUUGGAGCUCAGUUGUCUCUUGUCCCUGUGGUGUGUAAAUAUUGCUGGACUUUGGCAGUGUUUUCAGCACUGCGAGCUUUAAAAUAUGUCUGCCGGGUCACACUGGCUCUGUGGCCGGGACAUUAUGGUCAAGAUGUAAAUAAUACUUCUUCACCAUGGGAACUGAACUGUUUUCAUGGGGGGAAAGAUGUAAAUUAACUGAUAUAUAUUAGACUUUUCUUUGGAUGAAUCCAGAAACGGUUUAUAUUUUUUUCUUUUUCCUUUCUUUGAUGUGUAUUAAUAUUGGAGUCAUAAAACAGCAAAUGCCAGUGAAGCAUUUUUGUACUCGAAGUGUGAGAUUGAAAAUUUCUCUCUGUUUAAAUGUAUUGUGACUGUUUUGAUACAGUA